AAAGAGAUAAAGAGUUUAGAAGGUGGAUCUUUCCUCCUCCGUCCACGGUCCAACCCAUUUACCCUUUCAGCCGAAAUGAAUGGCGACAGUUGGAAGAGCUAAAAUGCGCCGGAGCCGACCUUGCGCUACCGUGCAGCUCGUCUUCUUCCUCGAGGUUUUCGAUCUCGGCCUCUUCGCUGAUUUCGGGUUAUGGAAGUCUGGAUCUGGAGGGCGGCGAUCGCCUUUAUGUUGGUCUUUGGUGUCGUGGUAGCUGAUGCCGGCGUUGCGUCGGAGGGUUGCCGCCGAAUUUCGGCCGGCGAAUCGAUCUUGAUCCCGCCGGAAACUUGUUCCCUUCUAGAUGUUUGGCCUGUCGGUGGACAAUUUGUGGGUGUCGUUGAGGGAGAUGAGAUUGCUUUGCAGAGGGCAGCAAAUAUUGUGGUCGCGAAUAGAGAUCAAUAUGUCGCUGUGUUCUUCUAUGCUUCCUGGUGCCCUUUCUCAAAGACUAGCCUUCCAAUUUUCAACAGCAUGGUUUCCCUGUUUCCUAAUAUUCCACAUUUUACAUUUGAAGAAUCAGUCAUAAGGCCUAGCAUUCUCUCAAGAUAUGGAGUUCAUGGCUUCCCAACUCUCCUUCUGCUACACUCUUCUAUGCGGGUUAGGUAUCAUGGAUCACGAAGCAUUAGUUCUCUUACCGCUUUCUACUCUAAUGUUACAGGUAUUAAGCCUACAUCAGCAAAUAAAACAACCAAGAAGAAAGCUAUCUAUCUAACAAACCUCACUGAAAACAACUUGGACGAAGAAAAUUGCCCGUUCUCAUGGGCAAAAUCACCAGAGAAAUUGCUCCAGCAAGAUACCUAUCUCAUACUGGCAUCUUCAUUUUUGACACUGAGGCUUCUCUACCUAAUCCUUCCAAAGUUGAUUGCCUGUUUGAUGAGUUUGUGUGACUAUUCCCAAGUUUUUCUCCUCCAAACUAAGCGAGGUUUUAGUAGGCUAAAUCCAUGGAAGGGAACAAAUUUGAAAGGAGGAGCAAUGAACGCAAAAGCCUGGGCUUCCAAGUCUCUGGCAUCUGUAUCAAUUGGUGAGCCAUCUGGGAGAGCUCAAUCUUUCCCUCCAAUGACCGGAGAUUAAUAAUUUUUUGUAAUGGUCAUAAUAUUUGUAAAUCAUUUGUUUUCUAUCGUAGCAUCAUCUAUUCAUGGAUCAAAGUUUGGUUUCUGGUUAUUCUAAAAAUUUACAUAAAGGCCGACUUAAUUUUUACUCUUUGUAGUUUUCUCAUGCAAUGGAUCCUCAUGUGUGGUUUUUUUUU